GUGGUCGAUGCAAUCAGUUGUUUUCGAGCUUACGAACGUACAAGUGUUGUCUUUCUGUUUCUGUCGGUUGUUUUCGUUCGAUCGUUGAGGCGAGAAUCGAAUAACAUCGAUCGACUAGUGCUUGUAAAGCAGUUUUCGGCGUGAUUCGUGCGUGUGAACGUUCAGUGGUUUUCGUUAAUUUUCUUGUCGCGAAGUACAUGCUUCCGGAGUGACGGAGUAUUCUGCUAAAUCGAAGAAUGUUGGAUCGCGAUACUGCGAUACAUCUCGUCGCCGGAGGAGUGGCUGGCACAGCGGGUGCAAUAGUCACAUGUCCCUUGGAAGUGGUCAAAACACGUCUACAGUCUUCCUCGUCUGGUUUUUACCCGCCGCCAAUCAACAAGGAGCUGACUUCCGGUCAUGUUACGUGCAAAAGCCUUCUGAAAUCAGAACAGAGGAGAAGAUUAUGCACCGGGGGCUAUACUAGACAUGACCUGGUCGCCCUAUCGCACUUCGGUGUCCCGACUCCUCCUGGCUGCUCUCCACGGUCCCACUCGACCCCAGGUAUCUAUCAAUGCAUACGAUACAUCGUCGAAAACGAAGGGACUCGUGCCCUGUUCAAAGGGCUCGGCCCAAACCUCGUAGGCGUUGCGCCUUCAAGAGCAAUUUACUUUUGCGCCUACUCGAAGAGCAAGAUCGCCUUCAACUCAGUUUUACCCCCGGACACGCCGAUCGUUCACGUAUGCUCUGCAUUCUGCGCUGGUUUCGUAGCAUGCACGCUGACAAAUCCCAUUUGGUUCGUGAAAACCAGGCUACAGCUGGACGACCGAACGAACAGAAUCACCGCGAUGGAAUGCGUGCACAGGAUAUAUCGCCAAUCGGGUAUCCUGGGAUUCUACAAAGGCAUCGUGGCCUCCUACGUAGGAAUAAGCGAGACUGUGAUACACUUCGUGAUCUACGAGGCUGUGAAAGCUUGGCUUGCGACGCACAGGUCCAGGGUGUCUAGGCCAGACGACAGGAAAACGUUGCGCGACUUUAUCGAGUUCAUGGCAGCAGGAUCUUUCUCGAAAACUAUCGCGUCCACCAUCGCCUACCCACAUGAGGUAGCGAGGACACGACUGAGAGAGGAAGGUACAAAGUACCAAAGGUUCUGGCAAACUCUGAGGACGGUCGUCGCUGAAGAGGGUACGAACGGUCUGUACCGCGGGCUGGGCACCCAUCUGAUCAGGCAAAUACCAAACACAGCAAUCAUAAUGGCAACGUACGAAGCGGUGGUGUACAUCCUCAGCAGGCACUUCCAUCAACGGCCACGUAGCAUCGCCAGCGCCAGCGGAUCACAGUUCUACGCGGAAGCGAAGGCGAAAAGAGAGCUCGCCUAGGAUUUGCUUACAACCCCAGAAUAAAGGGGUUGACAACUCGAGCUGUAUCCAACGCGAAUGUGCCAUCUGGGGUGGGGGGAGCGUCACUGGGUGGCCAGAAUUUGUUACGAUUGAAGGUAGCAAAAGGUAUCACAGUGCUCUGUAAGUGUAGCAAAAAGUAGUCCUUCCUCCUUUCAGGUAGCAUAAAUUCACACGUGGAAGAGCGCUGUCUGUUGUACCUCACCGAGACACACGGAAUACGAAGGAGGAACCGAAGCUGAUAAAGUCGAGGCAAUAUUACUUCAGAGUGCGCCGCGCUUCGCAGUGAUCGUAGAACAGCCUGUAUCACUGUUGGCAGAGUCGGAGUCGCUUCUGCUAGCGGUAAUAUGGACGACGUGAGCCAUUUGACGUAUCUCUUUGUCGUUUUGGGAGUUCUUAAACAAGAAGAAACGGAAACUAUAUUUCCAAAAUUUUACUUGUUCUUGAUUCGAAAUAGUCGUGUCUCGAAACUUCAUGCAGUAUACAAGGUGGUCUUAGGAUUGCUAGAAAAGUAACGAUCGAUCAAAAUUGAAGAUUCCUGUAGUUUAAAGCACCCAACACAAUGUCUAUCGAAUGCAGCGCUGCGAUCCUUGCAUAGCAGUCUGCGUACAGGCCAAAAAAUUGUUGAAAUAAGAAGCAGGCUGCUGCUCAUAAAAGGAUUCAGUUUUCAUUCUAUUAAUGAAUUGUUAUUUUUCUCCGAUUAGCGACCACCAAUGCAUUGUGAUCAUUGUCUUUUAUUACUCCUUGCAACGCUUCUGAUAUAAUCCAUACGGCAGGAACAGCUACGAAAGUUACAUAUCGUUGAUUUCAGUUGUAGCGUUAUGGUCUUAUAUUACGUUGCCUGUAAAUCAUGAAAAAAUUAUUGUUCUGUUUUGCUUAUAUUCAGCGUUAGAAUAUAGAUGUAAUAUUAUUAUUACUAUUAUUGUUAUAUCGUAAUGUAAAUAUGUUUUUUGUUUUCCUACCUUAGUCACGUUAAAACGAAGAGAUAAUUAGGUAGAACUUUUGAGAGACGGUUGAUACACGUGGAUCGUUGAUUAAGAAAAAUCAUUAAAAAAAGAAACAGUUUGUUAUAAACGCAUAAAAAUAAACAGAAAUGUAAAUAAAAUAUAUUGAUUUUUAAUUGCUUGUACCAUGUAAAUCUUCAGGAAUCUUCUGAUAAGUUGAAACCGAUGAUUCUAUAAUAAUUAAGUAGUAAUAGGUGUUGUAUAUAUACAUUAAAUCGUGAUAUAUCUAUCUGUAGAUUUGCAACCGUUUGUACUUUUUCGAGUGCGAUAAGUGCGCUUUAUUACGUCACCAAAUAAAAUGAGAGAAAAGAUUUUGUAUAAAGAGGG